AAAUUAUAAACUCUGUACUCGACAAGGAUGGUAGCUGAUGUAAACUCAUUUUUGACGGCUGAGACAGAUUUUGGACUCGACAUGCUUCGCAAAUUAUCUUUGAAUGAAUCCAACGUCGUUUCUCCUCUGUCCGUCAUAUUUGCUCUGAAUAUUGUACAACCAGGAGCCAAGGGAAAGACUAAAACUCAGAUUACUGAAGCAAUUUCGAAAGGAUCAACGGAUAACGACACAAUUGAAUACUAUUCCAAUCUUAUGCAACAGAUUUUGAACGCAACGAACGAUGUACAAAGCAAAAUUGCUAACGCAUUCUUUGUAAGGAAUGGUGUCGAGAUCAAAGACGAUUACGCCGAUAAAAUUACCAAAAAGUUUUGCGCAAAGCUCGAAUGUCGUGAUUUCAACCAAGCACAUGAAACGGCUAAGGUCAUAAAUGACUUCGUGAAUGAAAGUACAGCAGGGAAAAUCAAAGAGAUCGUCAAGGCUAAUGCUAUACAAGGCGCAAUUUCUAUCAUCAUCAAUGCCAUAUACUUCAAAGCGGAAUGGGAUGUCAAAUUUAGAAAUUGUUACAAUAGCACUGGCAAGUUCUAUAGCGCGCCAGACAGGGAACGCGAGGUGGAAUACAUGAGACAAUCAAAUACUCACAGGCUUUACGCAGAAGACGACGAUGCACAGGUGCUGUCUCUGCUCUACAAAGACAAGACAUACGCCUUCAACAUAAUUUUGCCCAAAAACAGGUUUGGCCUUGAGGAACUCGUCAAAAAUUGGAGUGGAGAAAGAGUACAAAAUCUAUUAACAAAAUUAAAGGACACGUUCAUUACGGUCGUCAUUCCAAAAAUGAAGAUUGAGACGGAUUUCGAGCUGAAAGAAGCGUUGCUCAACAUGGGCAUAGAGGAUAUGUUCAGUGAUGCUGCUGAUCUGAGCGGCAUUUCGAGCAUUCCUCUAAGAGUCUCAAGCGCAAUACACAAGGCACUUAUUGAGGUGGAUGAAGAAGGCACCACUGCCGCAGCCGUCACGGCUAUGAUGAUGUUUGGAGCAGCUCCAAGAACAGCCGAACCUGUGCAGUUCAUUGCUGACCAUCCAUUUUUGUUCAUUCUUACUAAAGAUAACAAUCCGCUAUUCAUGGGUGUUUUUGUAUAA